GUCUGGGUCGCUCCCGGCUAUGCACCCGAGCAGCAGGAGCUGGAGGAGAGCCGAUACAAGUAUGCGCUCAAGGGCUGGCCUUUUGUGAAGGUGAAGUUGGGCGUUCUUGGAACUCAAGAGCAGCGGGAUUACAUCAGCAAGCAUCAUCCUGAAGGUACUCACAUCGUGUCUUUCGACGAUGAUGUGCCAGAGCUCUUCUGCAAAAUCAGGGAGGGCACCACCCAGGAUACACUUCAGCCACUACCGCCAGGAGCACUGGAAUGUGUGAUCCACCAUGCGAGAGAUCUGAUGCAUGAGCAAGGGGCAUACAUUUGGGGCUUCUCCCCGAGCGCGAACCCAAUGAAUAUGCGGCGAACGCAUAUAUCACGGAGAAAUGGCAUGGUCAACGGCUUUGCCUAUGGAUAUCUCAACCGGCAUAGCAACGAGUUCCGAUCUGUAUAUGGCUCGCCCACGGAGGAUGUAGAGCGCUCCUGUCGUUUCUUCAAUGCAGAUGGCAUAGUGCUGAGAUAUUCUAUGUACAGCGCCCGGACUGAGUUCAAGGCAGCUGGGGGGAUCAACCUGCUCUACAAUACGGCACCG